AUGGUCAGCUAUCUCCACCUUUACCGUUUUGCUACCAACUAUGAAUUAGGAGCAGUAGUUAUCGCAGUAUCAAGUGCUGUCAUCCAUGGGGUUGCUUUCCCUUUAUUUGCUUACGUCUUUGGUGAUGCUCUGAAUGAUCUUGGUGAAGGUGGUGAUGAUGUAGUUGCCUCGGUAUCUAAAAGAUGCCUCUAUAUGGUUUAUAUUGGUAUUGGGUCAUGGGCAUUAUCAUGGUCUUGGCAUAGUAUAUUUACUGCUACUGCAUCCUUUCAAGCUACUAGGUUGAAGAUACGCUACUUUGAAGCUGUCCUCUGUCAAGACAUUGCAUGGUUCGAUGCAAUAAGUCCAGCCGAACUACCUACUAGAAUGACGGAGGAUGUUGCUAAGGUACAGCGAGCAUUGGGGUUUAGAGUAGGCCUCUUUAUUAUGAAUGCCUCGAUGGGUGUUGCUGGUCUGACUGUUGGUUUCCUAAGAGGUUGGCAAGUAUGCCUCGUUAUGUUAGCUGCCAUGCCUAUUAUUAUAAUAUCAACCUCUAUUUUGGGUAUUGUACUCUCUAGAGCAUCUAAGAUAUCUCAAUCAUCCUAUGCCAAGGCUGGGGCGUAUGCAGAAGAGGCACUUAGCUCCAUACGAACGGUAACAGCAUUUGGUGGACAGCAAAGGGAAAUCGAGAGGUAUAGCAGUGCUCUCGAGGAUGCUAGGAAAGGUGGGACUAGAUCUGGCCUUUACACGGGUAUAUCCCUUGGCCUUAUUAUGGGUUCUACUUAUGCUACAUAUGCUCUUACAAUAUGGUAUGGUGGUACACUAGUCCGCAAUGGUACUAUUAAUACCUUUACAGGAUUACCUUAUACAGGGGGAGAUAUACUAUCUGUAUUCUUCUCGGUGUUGAUGGGUAUAAGUGUACUUGUUCCCAGCUUCAAGUAUCUUCUUCUCCUUUUCUCAGCAACCUUUGGUGUAGGCCAAGCCAUGCCACCAAUACAGACCUUCCAGAUUGGUAAGGCCUCAGCUAGCGAGAUUUAUAGAGUUAUAGAUGAGGAGAAACCUCUCAUCGAAUCACCUAUUACUCCUACCACCAGCAACAGCAGCAACAGCGCUACUCUAGUAGCAUCGUCAUCAUCAUCGAAGCUGUCAACAACUACAGGGGUGUUCAGUACAUUGGCUUUUCAUGAUGUAUGCUUUACAUACCCUACUCGUCCUGAGGUCCAGGUUCUUACCAACGUUUCUUUUCAUAUUACUACUGGAAUGAAGGUCGCAUUUGUAGGGGAAAGUGGCUCAGGGAAGAGCACUGUUAUGGCCCUUCUAGAGCGGUUUUACGAUCCUGUAAGUGGUAGAGUAGAGAUUAAUGGUAUAGACUACCGUGAAUAUGGAGUAGGAGGAGAACCUAUAGCCAUACGGUCCUUCUUCGGAUACGUUGGCCAAGAGCCCGUACUCUUCGCAACUUCUAUAAGAAAUAAUCUUACCUAUGGUCUUGGUUAUACUCCUUCAGAGAAUCAAAUAAAGGAAGCCUGUCAGAGAGCUAAUGUGCAUACAUUCAUAUCCUCUCUACCAAAUGGAUAUGAUACUUAUUGUGGUACAUCUAGUGGAGGAGGUGGGCAAAUCUCUGGUGGUCAGAAGCAAAGGGUUGCCAUUGCUCGAGCAUUGUUGAGGAAUCCUCAGAUACUCUUACUUGAUGAAGCAACGUCAGCCCUUGAUAACGAGAGUGAAAAGAUGGUCCAAUCUACUAUAGACAACCUCCAAAGAACGACUCGGCUUACUACUAUCUCGAUUGCUCAUCGGCUAUCUACUGUUCGUAAUUCUGAUAUAAUAUUUGUUAUGCAGAGUGGAGUACUGGUUGAAGCUGGCAAGCAUGUAGACCUUAUAAGUCGUCGUCCUCAUGGGGUCUAUUAUGCCUUAGUAUCGGCGCAAGAAGCCGCUCAUGUGGUGAAUACUGCUGAUAUCAUGCCCUCCGGACGUCCAAGGUUGAUAUUGCUGGAUGAGGCGACUUCAGCAUUGGACUCGGCAUCUGAAGCCAUCGUACAGAAGGCGAUUGAUAAUCUCACUCUAUCAUCGAGUCGGGGUGACAAACCAACUACUGUGGUUAUUGCUCAUCGACUUUCAACUAUUCGAAAGGCUGACAUAAUUAUUGUUAUUUCUGAAGGCCGAGUUGUUGAAAGCGGCACUCAUGAUGAACUUAUCUCUCGAAAGGGUGUAUAUUAUGACCUGUACGAGAAGGGCCAGCAGUAG